CCAGUUCAGGCCUCUUGAACUUUCGCCCUUGGACCAUGGCGGAAUAUUUGAGAUCCUAACGGUUAUGGUGAGAUAUGGGUUCACUGCUCAGGAUAGGUCAUUUUCACCUUCAGAAAGCUUUAGUCGAGUCACAUGUGUGAAAAAGUCACCCAUGAAGGGAAAAUGUCGAAGUUUGUCUGCUCUAGCCCAGCCAAAAUUCACUGACGCUCGUCAUUUUAACUCUCUCACAGCAUGCUGUGUGCAAGUAGAACCUUUGAGUUCGCUUCCAGUCGAGUACGCUUCAGUAGUGACUAAGCCGUGCUCGAUAGUCUGCGAGGUAGCGUCGAUUUUGAAUGAAGAAGAGAAUUUUCAAAUACAAAUAAACAGAGACGAACCUGUUAACAUAGAGUGUCAUAUAGCUCUUCCUGUUCUACCACUGUCUCUACAGGACUAUGCAUCUCCUAAACCCAGCCUUGUACCUGACAGUAUUUCUAUGUACACUAAUAUCAUCGGAGGUCGCACAAUUUGGUAAAUUCUAUUCAAGGCGUAAAUGGAACAUUAUAAACUAAACUCCUGUUCGUUUGCUUGGCAUGGACAAAAUGAUCUCUACUGUUUAUGUCAUUCCUUUGUGAUUGCAUUGAUAAUAUUCCGUAACUUUUUCUGGUCGGUAAGAAUUUUGUAAAUAAAUACCUAGUGUUAGUCAUAAACUUUACGUUAGUUCUUUU